AACGGGAGAGGGCAAGAAGGAGGACUUCCUGGAGGGGGUGACAGUCCAGAGCCCGGGACAGUACUCACACCAGAACCCUCGGCAGCAAGGACACCAUGCAGCUUCCGGCUGUGGGGCCAGCUCCGGGGCUGAAAGGCCGGUCGCUGCUGCUGUCUCUGCUGUUGCUGCUGGGCCCGGAAGCCUCCCAGGGCCUGGUCAUCACUCCUCCAGGGCCAGAACUGGUCCUCAACAUCUCCAGCACCUUCGUGCUCACCUGCUCGGGUUCGGCUCCGGUGGUGUGGGAGCGGCUGUCCCAGGAGCCCUGGCAGGAAGUGGCCGUGAACCAGGACGGCACCUUCUCCAGCGUGCUCACCCUGAGCAAUGUCACUGGGACAGACACCGGCGAGUACUUCUGCAGCUACAACGGCUCGCAGGGGCUGGACCCCAGCGAGCGGAAGCGGCUCUACAUCUUUGUGCCAGAUCCCACCAUGAGCUUCCUCCCUACGGAACCUGAGGAACUCUUCAUCUUCCUCACGGAGGUAACUGAGACCACAAUUCCGUGCCGAGUGACAGACCCUCGGCUGGUGGUGACGCUGCACGAGAAGAAGGAGGACGUCCCGCUGCCCAUCCCCUAUGACCACCAACGUGGCUUCUCGGGGACCUUUGAGGACAAGACCUAUGUGUGCAAAACCACCAUCGGGGACAGGGAGGUGGAUUCCGAUGCCUACUACGUCUACAGCCUCCAGGUGUCAUCCAUCAACGUCUCUGUGAAUGCGGUGCAGACCGUGGUCCGCCAGGGCGAGAACAUCACCAUCAUGUGCAUCGUGACCGGCAACGAGGUGGUCAACUUCGAGUGGCGGUACCCCCGCCAGGAGAGUGGGCGGCUGGUGGAGCCAGUGACCGACUUCCUGUUUGAUGUGCCCUCCCACAUCCGCUCCAUCCUGCACAUCCCCAACGCCGAGACAGGCGACUCUGGGACCUACAUCUGCAACGUGUCAGAGAGCGUGAAUGACCAUCGCGAUGAAAAGGCCAUCAAUGUCACUGUGGUUGAGAGCGGCUAUGUGCGGCUGCUGGGAGAGCUGGGCGCGCUGCAGUUCGCCGACCUGCACCGGAGCCGGACGCUGCAGGUGGUGUUCGAGGCCUACCCUCCGCCCACCGUCCUGUGGUUCAAGGACAACCGCACCCUGGGUGACUCCAGCGCUGGCGAGAUCGCCCUGUCCACACGCAAUGUGUCCGAGACCCGGUACGUGUCAGAACUGACGCUGGUGCGGGUGAAGGUGGCGGAGGCGGGCAGGUACACCAUGCGAGCUUUCCAUGAGGACGCCGAGGCCCAGCUCUCCUUCCAGCUGCAGGUCAACGUCCCUGUCCGUGUGCUGGAGCUGAGCGAGAGCCACCUCGCCAGUGGGGAGCAGAUAGUUCGCUGUCGUGGCCGGGGCAUGCCUCAGCCGAAUGUCACCUGGUUUACCUGCAGAGACCUGAAAAGGUGCCCAUCCGAGCUGCCGCCCACACCGCUGGGGAACCGCUCCGAGGACGAGAGCCAGCUAGAGACCAACGUGACGUACUGGGCGGAGGAGCAGGAGUUCGAGGUGGUGAGCACGCUGCGCCUGCGCCACGUGGAUCAGCCGCUGUCGGUGCGCUGCGUGCUGCGCAACCUGCGUGACUACGACACCAAGGAGGUCACCGUGGUGCCGCACUCGCUGCCCUUCAAAGUGGUGGUGAUCUCGGCCAUCCUGGCCUUGGUGGUACUGACGAUCAUCUCCCUCAUCAUCCUCAUCAUGAUCUGGCAGAAGAAGCCACGCUACGAGAUCCGGUGGAAGGUGAUCGAGUCCGUGAGCUCUGAUGGCCACGAGUACAUCUACGUGGACCCCAUGCAGCUGCCCUACGACUCCACAUGGGAGCUGCCGCGGGACCAGCUUGUGCUCGGUCGCACCCUUGGCUCCGGCGCCUUCGGGCAGGUGGUGGAGGCCACAGCCCACGGCCUCAGUCACUCGCAGGCCACCAUGAAGGUGGCAGUGAAGAUGUUGAAAUCCACAGCCCGGAGCAGCGAGAAGCAAGCCCUCAUGUCCGAGCUGAAGAUUAUGAGUCACCUCGGGCCACACCUGAACGUGGUCAACCUGCUGGGGGCCUGCACCAAAGGAGGGCCCAUCUACAUCAUCACCGAGUACUGCCGCUAUGGCGACCUGGUGGACUACCUGCACCGCAACAAGCACACCUUCCUGCAGCAGCACUCCGACAAGCGCCGCCCGCCCAGCGCCGAGCUCUACAGCAACGCCCUGGCCGUCGGCCUGCGGCUGCCCAGCCACAUGUCCCUGACCGGCGAGAGUGAUGGCGGCUACAUGGACAUGAGCAAGGACGAGUCGGUGGACUACGUGCCCAUGCUGGACAUGAAAGGAGACGUCAAAUACGCUGACAUCGACUCCUCCAACUACAUGGCCCCUUAUGAUAACUACGUCCCCUCCGCCCCCGAGAGGACCUACCGGACCACUCUGAUCAACGAGUCCCCGCUGCUCAGCUACACGGACCUCGUGGGCUUCAGCUACCAGGUGGCCAACGGCAUGGAGUUCCUGGCCUCCAAGAACUGCGUUCACCGAGACCUGGCGGCCAGGAACGUGCUCAUCUGUGAGGGCAAGCUGGUCAAGAUCUGUGACUUCGGCCUGGCCCGAGACAUCAUGCGCGACUCCAACUACAUCUCCAAAGGCAGCACCUUCCUGCCCCUGAAGUGGAUGGCCCCCGAGAGCAUCUUCAACAGCCUCUACACCACCCUGAGCGACGUGUGGUCCUUUGGGAUCCUCCUCUGGGAGAUCUUCACCCUGGGCGGCACACCGUACCCGGAGCUGCCCAUGAACGAGCAAUUCUACAACGCCAUCAAGCGGGGCUACCGCAUGGCCCAGCCCGCACACGCCUCGGACGAGAUCUACGAGAUCAUGCAGAAGUGCUGGGAAGAGAAGUUUGAGAUUCGGCCCCCUUUCUCCCAACUCGUGCUGCUUCUCGAGAGGCUGCUGGGCGAGGGUUACAAAAAGAAGUACCAGCAGGUGGAUGAGGAGUUUCUCAGGAGUGACCACCCGGCCAUCCUCCGGUCCCAAGCCCGCUUCCCAGGGUUCCACGGCCUCCGAUCUCCCCUGGACACCGGCUCUGUCCUCUACACGGCCGUGCAGCCCAACGAGGGCGACAAUGACUACAUCAUCCCCCUGCCUGACCCCAAGCCCGAGGUUGCUGAUGAGGGCCCCCUGGAGGGCUCCCCCAGCCUUGCCAGCUCCACCCUGAACGAGGCCAACACGUCUUCCACCAUCUCCUGUGACAGCCCCCUGGAGCCCCAAGAAGAAGCAGAGCUCGAGCCACAGGUGGAGGCACCAGAGGAGCCCCAGCCGGAGCAGGAGCAACCGGCAGAUCCGGGCUGCCUGGGGCUGCGGGCCGAAGCGGAGGACAGUUUCCUGUAGGGGGCUGGCCCCGACUCCACCCUGCCUGGAGCCCCCCCUCCUGCCUCCCAGCACCCGGCACCGCCCGGCCACCUGCCCCCUUCAGCUGUCUUUUCUGGGAGGCUCUGCCCCUGACGUGUUGGGUCCCAGACCUUGGGGCUGCCCUGGGAGGUGAGAGCCGGGGGGCCUGGGAGGUGAGAGAGCCGUGACCGGCCCUCUGCCUCUGGCUCUGUGCAGGGCCCUCCCAGGAGACUCCGUCUCCCCGCAGACACGAUGGACGAGGUGGGUUUUCCUUCCGGCAGGCAGGUGCACAGGUGGGAAUCCCUGGGGUGAAUGAGGCAGUCUGUCGCUUCUCUCUGUCCGGCCAGCUGCCCUUGAUGGGGCUGCGGCUCCCUCCUCACCUCGCAGUUGGAUCCAGCAUGGCUGGGAGGGACCCUGUGUCCCCAGCUCCCGGCUGAGCUGGGGCCCGCCUUGGACAGAGGUGCCCCUUCCAGCAGACACCUCCCCUGCGGCCAGUGUCCCCUCUCCCAGGUCCGAGCUGGUCUGGGGCCUUCUGUGUUUACUGAGUGCUGUUAGCUAAUGCAGGAUGCCCUGGCCCACACCUGCCACCCAGGGCAGUUGGGGCAUACCCAGCCAUCAAGGUGCCCAUGUCCCAUCUUUCGGGUCCCGUUGUCCUGGGGACUUUUCCUCAUUGUCCGUGGUCUGGAUGCCCCUGCUGGAGACUUUGGGAAGGCCCCAUGUGCAAUGUGUACUGCUGAUGUGCCAGCCUGAAGCACCACGUGUAUGCACCAAGACAUGGCCCGGACUCUGCGCUGGACCUGCUGUGAGAUCUUGGAGGAAUCCUUUGCCUUCCCUGGGCCUUGUUGACCCCUUUGACAAAUGAGCACGUUGGACUCAUUAACUCCAAGUGCCUUGCCAGCGCCAACAUUCUAGAAUAGUCCAAAGGCCUGCACUUCGCCCAGAUGAAGCAAGGCCGAGGGUCUCAACUCUUCAUCCUGAAGGUCAGCUGGGCCCUGGGGAGAUUCCAGACCACACAGCACACUCUAGGGGUUCAGGCACAGUGCUGCCUCCCCCAAGGCCCUGCAAGUCCCAACAGCCCAGCUGCUAGGACCUCGACUUGGGGUGAGAGCUGGGGAGCUGGAAAGCCCCUGGCAGCUUCCCCGGGGGGCAUGGCAAGGACCCCACUCCGCAGUGACUCUGACCUCUGGAGUUCUCCUGGGUGAGGGGGCCCAGAGGACACAUCACAUGACCACGUGCGGCCCGCGACCCCAGCGCCUGCCAUCCACGUAUGUGCUGCAGGCGGGCUGGACAGCGGGACAAGGAUGUCCCCUAGAGGACGAGAAGCCUGGAGUGGGCACCGCGGACAGCGGUGUGAGUGAUGGGCGCCUUGGACACUGCCCUCUCACUUGCCCGAGGCAGCAUGCCAUGGGGCGUGGUGUUUGUCACUGCCCAGGCCUGGCAGUGGCAUCUCACUGUCCCCAGCUCAGUGGGCAUUAGAUGUGCCAGGGGAGUAAGCGCUAUGGCCAAGACCCUGGCAGGGGCAGGGCUGGAAAGGGAGUGAGGAAAGGUUGACCCCGGUGGGUGCCAGCCAGCACCUGCCCCGGGACCCCCAAAGCCUGGUCGAAGGAGGAGGAGUGGGGUCUCACUACGGUACCAAAGAUAUACUCACCUAGGUUUACAAGUAUUUUAGGACUCACAGUAACUCACAUUUAUACAACAGAAGUGCUAUUUUGUACGCUAAGUUUUCCUAUCCGUGUACUUUUUUUAAGGGAAAGAUUUUAAUAUUAAACCUGGUGCUUUUCA